GGGGGGAAUAGCGAGAGAGAGAGAGAGAGAGAGACGGGCGGAGGGAGGAGGAGAGGCGGAAGGCAGACUGGGAGACACGAGGGAGAAAGCAGUGUGUCUGCAAGAGGAGGAAAAUUUGACUUAUACAGAGCAGCUGCCUGACCUCGCAUUACAUGCUGUGCUCUAUGGCUAAUUCUGGUUGCCUCUUACUUACCAGCUCUGCCAUGAUCCCCCAUUCCAUCUCUGGUCCCCCGGCGUUCCUCUACCUUCAGCAGGGAAACCAAGAAACUUCCGCCCCUCCAGAAGCUAUGGCACAACCCUACCCUGCCACACAGUACCCUCCACCACCACAAAAUGGACUUCCAGCAGAAUAUGGCACCCCUCACCCACUCCCCACAGCGGACUAUCCAUGCCAGACCACGGUAGCAGAGCACGCACUGACCCUGUACACGGCGGGACGCAGUCACGAACAGCAGGGUACUGAAGUCAGCACACAGUCCGUUACUGGGACACAGACGCUCACGACAGACGAGGUAUCGCAGACAGACAGCAGCCAGCAGCUACAGAGUCCAGAGAGCACAGAGAAGCAACAGCCCAAGAGAUUACACGUGUCCAACAUCCCUUUCCGCUUUCGAGACCCUGACCUGCGGCAGAUGUUUGGACAAUUCGGAAAGAUUUUAGACGUGGAGAUCAUUUUUAACGAGCGAGGUUCCAAGGGUUUUGGGUUUGUAACUUUUGAAACUAGCAUGGACGCCGACCGCGCGAGGGAGAAACUCAACGGGACAAUCGUUGAGGGAAGAAAAAUUGAGGUAAAUAAUGCCACCGCUCGGGUAAUGACAAACAAGAAACCUGUUAAUCCGUACACAAAUGGCUGGAAGUUAAACCCUGUGGUGGGAGCGGUGUAUGGCCCGGAAUUCUACGCAGUUACCGGUUUCCCGUACCCUCCUGCAGGCACCACAAUUGCAUACCGAGGGGCUCACUUACGAGGAAGAGGCCGUGCCGUGUAUAACACAUUCCGUGCCGCUCCUCCUCCCCCACCCAUCCCUACCUAUGGAGCGGUUGUUUACCAGGAUGGCUUCUAUGGAGCAGAAAUCUACGGUGGAUACGCAGCAUACAGAUACGCACAGCCGGCAGCGGCCGCGGCUUAUAGCGACAGUUAUGGCAGAGUGUAUGCAGCGGCAGAUCCUUACCACCACACCAUCGGACCGGCGGCUACGUACAGCAUAGGAACAAUGUGAGAACAUCAGUGGAUCGCCCUUAUAAAUAUACUGCUAACUUCUAGAAGGGACUUCAGUAAAGAAAACAAAAAUCUGCAAAGAUUAAAGAGGCAUCUACCAACCUGUCACACAAUCUUCACCAUUCCUUACUCCACCGAGACAUAACAUCAAACCCUCCCCCGUCCCCCCCGUCCCCAAGUCCCACCAAGGAGAGGAUGCUGGGACAGAUGCUACACAGAAUAAACUGGUCAGACGGGUCGGCAGCUUCCUAUGUGAACAACUUUUUUGAUUCUCACCUCCGAAACCAUCCUCAGACCCUGCUUCCCCUACUUUUCAAACUGAGCUUCCACCCUCCCUGCUGUACGGAGAGAUCCUCGUUACAAGACGCAGGAGGCAGAGACUGGUAUGAAGGAUGCACGUCCGCAGGUCAAAGCUCUGCAGCCUCUUAAUUGUCACUAUGCACCCAACCUUUUAUAUGUCUCCCCCGACCUUGAGCGCCUGACUCUCGGAAGGAGGCGGCUGAACUCUCCGGACCCUCGCAAGCUUUUGGCGGCCUCGAGGAGCGUCCACGGCAGCCGCCAGCCCAGUGGGAGUCUCUACACUGGGAGAGCUGUCAUGUUGGUCAAGUUAAGAGGAGUCGCCGCUGGGAAGCUUUUACAUGCUUAAAAAAAAAGCUUUUUUUUCCAAAGGGCUUCCUCUUUUAUAUAUUUAUACGUACAUCAAGAAAACAAUGAUUUCCACAGCACUUUAAUGAAAACCAACUGAAUUCUCCUUGUCCCUGCACCCCACGCCCCUAAAAGACAUACUUAAUUCCUGAUGGUCCAAGAGGGAUUUUACAAUGGUGCUGAAUGCCAGGGUACAGUUGUUUUUGGGGUUUUUUGUUUUUGGUGUACAAUUUUUUUUCUUUUUUUUUGCUGUAAGGUGUCAGAUUUAACCUCUGUGCUGCCAGAUAAGAUACUUUUCCUUGACUCUGCCAGCAGUCAAGGGGUUAAGAGCUGCUACACAGUCUGAGAUAUGUGAUACCUUGUAACCAAAAGGAGCGUUAUCCAUAGAUGUAGUUGGUGGAAGAGGUCUCUUUCUUGCCCACUGGUCAUAUCCUACCCUCCCUGGACCUUUCCCCUAACCAGCCAGGUCUAAACUACAUCUAUGAAGGACCCUCAAGUUGGUGCAUUAAACGGUAAUUUGCAUACAAUUCAAGAACUGAACGUGUGAAAUGGGGCGGAAAAAGGCCCAUCAUCUCAGAUUAUUCAACCUACCAACACCUCUACCUUGGGUAGCAGGUACAAACUCGGACCUUGUAAAUUGUUCUCUAUUGGGCGGAUCUCAAAGCUUCCCUCACCCCCCUUGCUCUGCACACCACAAUGGAUUGGGAAGGAAAAAUAUAUUUAAAAAAAAUAUAUAUAUAUAUUAUUGAGGGACUGGUAAAGAAAAAAAACAAAUGACUCUGCCCCUGCAGCGGAGAGCAGAGGAGAUUCCUGUAUAUAUAUAUUAUAUUAUAUAGAAUAUCUAUACACCAGUUAAUACUCCCCUUCCACCCUUCGAGAUGGCUUGUCCCAUACACCAUUAAAUGUUUACUUUAUACUAUGUGUGCUUUGAAAAAAUACAAUAAAAUGCAGAAUAUUUGAAACCAAGGAAACAGCAAAACAAAAUCCUUUUUUAUACGAGAUGUGUAUGUAUAUCUAUAUAUAUACCUAAAUAUCUGUAUAGAUAUAUGCACAUAUAUAUGGGUCUGUGUACAUAUAUAUGUGUCCGUGUGUAUAUAAAUGUUUCUUAUAGGUAAGGGCAUAUGUACAUAUAUAUCACACACAUAUAUAUAUAUUUAUAUAUAUAUAUAUAUACAUGUGUGUUUGUGUAUGUGUAUUUAGAUACAUAUCUAUGAGAUACAUAUGUUAGUAUAUAUGUGUACAUACAUAACUUCAUAUAUAUGUACAUAUAUAUAUAGUGUGUGUGUGCGUGAGUGUAUAUAUACAUAUACAUAUAUGUAAAAGUUUUAUAUAUAUAUAUAUUUGAUCUCCCCUGCAGCUGUACAUUAAAUUACUUUGCUCAGAGCUGUUCUAUAUCUCACCAGCCUUCUCUCUGUCACUCUGUAUGCUUCAAAGGUGUUAUUCAGAUUAACAAUAUAUAAUUAUUAUUAAUAUUCAGAUUAAUAAAGAUUUCUUUCUUCAACAA